AUGGUACUCGGAAUUAAGGCUGGUUUAUUACCCUCGAGUAAUGAAGCCGAAGAAACCACAACCAAUAGAAUAAACACUAUACAUGGUUUAUGUGCUUCGUCAUUUAUGGAAAUUAUUCUUCUUUACUUUAACCUUCGUCUGAAGAAAUCAAUACAUGACCAAAAUGUUCAAAACAUCAAGCAUUGGUUAGUGAUGUAUUUAAUGGUUUUAAUACAUAUAUUCAUUUACUACAUUAGUGCGGCCUCUGUAUCUGAUCGACCAUUGUUUUUCUUGGCCAUUGGACUUAUCUCAAGUCUGAUCGUUUUAUUAAUGAUGUACGUUGUAAAACGUUUUUACCACAAUGAACUCGAAAACUUGGCCCCCAGCAAUACUACAGACGACAAUAAUGUGACUCCCUCACAGUCCGCAUAA